AAUCGGAUCCAAUCAAACCCAUGAACAUUUACCCAACUCAAUUCUCACCCAAUAUUACUCUCCCUUAAACCCUACACCCAAAUUUCUUUUCUCCUCAUCCAAAAUUUUUCUGCAAUUCAAAACAAAGCAAAAUGAGAAAUCAAUGGCGUCUUUUUCUUCUUCGUCAUCAAAAUCAUCAUUUUCAUACACCAUCAAACGUCUCAAGAUCACUUUCUCUCAUCCAGGUAACCUCACAACCCACCUUUUCUCUUUCUCACUCUGCUUUCCCAUCAUUUUCUUCUAGUUUUAAUCACCCUAUUUUGCGCCAUUUUUCAUCAAUUAGUGAAAAAUCCUCCGACCCAUUAAUCUUAAUUGACAUAUUCACAAAACCCAUUAAUGGUGAUGAGAUUAAGAAAGAAUUAGAUACUAAAAAUGUUGUCUUUACCCCUGAUCUGAUUCCUAAUGUGCUUAAAAAUUUGAAUUCUGACCCAAAAACUGCAAUUAAGUUUUUUGAUUGGGUGUUGGAGAAAGAAACUGGGAGUUUGAGCUCUAGAGCUUAUAACUUUAUGUUAGGUGUUUUGGGUAGUAAUGGCUUGUUUAAGGAAUUUUGGGAUGUAGUUGAUUUGAUGAUAAAAAGAGGUUAUUGGGUUAAAAAAGGUGCUGUUGAUUUUGUUAUUAAGAGAUUUGAGAAAGAUGGUUCUGAAAAUGAUUUGAAACAGUUGAAGGAUUUGUACUCAUACUACUUUAAGAAGUAUAAUAUGUCAAUUGAAAAGGCAAGUUCUAGGGUUAGUGAUGUUAUUAUGAGAGAAGUAUGGGAUGAGAAUGUUGAGAAAGAGUUGAAAAACUUAGAUGUUGAUUAUUCUAAUCUAUUGGUUAAAAGGGUUUUGGAGAAUUUAAGUGAAAAAUCUGAACAUCAUAUGAAAGGUUUGAUCUUUUUUAGGUGGGUAGAGGAGAGUGGAUUGUUUAAACAUGAUCAAGUGACUUAUAAUGCUAUGGCAUUAGCUUUAUUGAGGCGAAAUUGUUUCGAUAGGUUUUGGAUUGUUGUUGAGGAUAUGAGAAAUGCAGGGCAUGAGUUUGAGAUGGAGACUUAUAUUUUGGUAUCAAAAAGGUUUAUGAAGGUUAGAAUGUUAGAAGGCGCGGUUAGAUUGUUCGAGUAUGCGAUGGAUUGGGCGAAUAAGCCUUCUCGACAAGAUUGUACCUUUCUAUUGAGAAAAAUCGUGUGUGCGAAGGAGCUCGACAUGGAUUUUUUUUCUAGAGUGAUUAAGGUCUAUACCGAGAAAGGCAAUGCUUUGGAUGAUUCAAUGCUGGAUUCGGUGCUGAAAGCGUUGACUAGUGUUGGGAGGAUGAAUAUGUAUAACAAAGUUUUAGGUGCCAUGGCUGAAUGUGGGUUUAGACCGAGUGAAACUAUGAAAAGUCGAGUUGCAUUUGAUCUAAGUAGUGCUAAAAUGAAAGACGAAGCAAACAAGUUUAUGGUUAAACUCGAGGAUUGCGAAACCAGCCCUGAUGUCAAGACAUGGGUAUCGUUAAUCGAGGGGCAUUGUAUAAGUGGGGAUCUCGAGAAGGCAAGAGAUUGUUUGGAGAAGCUGAUUGAACUAGAGGGUGCAUCUUCUGCAGGAAACGCUCUUGAUUUGCUGGUAAUUGCAUACUGUAAUCGAGAACGAGCUACUGAAGCGUGCAAGCAUAUAUCCAAUCUAGUGAAGAAUAAGGGUUUAAAGCUGAAACAUGGCACAUACAAAGCUUUAAUUAGCAAACUUUUGGUUCAGAAACGUUUUCAAGAAGGGUCGAGUCUACUUGAUUUGAUGAAGAGUAACGGGUUUCCUCCAUUCGUUGAUCCAUUUAUUUCGUAUCUCGCAAAGAAAGGAACUCCGGAUGAGGCAAUAUCGUUCUUUAAGGCAAUGACUUCGAAGGGGAUUCCGUCUACAAAAGUUUUCAUUCGAGUAUUUGACGGUUAUUUUGAGGCCGGUAGACAUAAUCAAGCUCAAAUUCUGCUGGCUAAAUGCCCAGAAUACAUCAGAAACCACCCUGAUGUUCUGAAUCUCUUUUGUUCUAUGAAGCCUGAAAAUCCUGCUAAUCAAACAGAUGUGGCUGCAUAGGAAGAUUGAGUUUGUAAUUGAUUUAUAUGUAGUGGAAAUUUAGAAGCAAAUUUCUCCAAAAUUUUGUAAUGUAGCUCAUUUCACUUGAUGAAUUGUUGAUUUUUGGAACUGACAUAAUUGAUUUGCAAUAAGUUUUUUUUUUUUCAUACAUGCUCCGUUCCACUAGCUAUGUUUAACUUU